GUCUUCCGGGCCGGGGCACUUCUCGGGAUUCCGGGCUACGAGAGGCUCGUAGGGACCCCAUGGAGGCCGAAUCGCCGGCGAGCGCGGGGGUCACGGAGCCCCAGGCGUUGGGCUCCGUGGCCACGAUCGGCAGCCACCUGAGCAGGAUCCGAAGCAAACUCUUCACCUGGGAUAUUCUGAAGACCAUAGCUCUGGGUCAGAUGCUGUCUUUAUGUAUAUGUGGCACAGCCAUCACCAGCCAGUAUUUGGCGGAAAAGUACCGAGUGAACACGCCCAUGCUUCAGAGCUUCAUCAACUACUGCCUGCUGUUCCUGGUCUACACGGUGGUGCUGGCAUUUCGAUCUGGCAAUGAUAACCUUUUAGAGAUUUUGAGAAGAAAAUGGUGGAAAUACAUUCUCCUGGGGCUUGCCGACGUGGAAGCCAAUUAUCUGAUUGUCAGAGCAUACCAGUACACGACUCUGACCAGCGUCCAGCUCUUGGAUUGCUUUGGGAUUCCUGUGUUGAUGGCUCUCUCCUGGUUUAUCCUCCGUGCAAGAUACAAAGUGAUCCACUUCGUUGCCGUGUUUGUCUGUCUGCUGGGUGUAGGGACCAUGGUUGGCGCAGAUAUAUUAGCAGGGAGAGAAGAUAAUUCAGGGAAUGAUGUUCUGAUUGGUGACAUCUUGGUCCUGCUUGGGGCUUCCUUGUACGCGGUGUCUAACGCCUGUGAAGAGUACAUUGUAAAGAAGCUGAGCAGACAGGAGUUUUUAGGAAUGGUGGGCCUGUUUGGAACAAUUAUCAGUGGCAUACAGCUAUUGAUUGUGGAAUAUAAGGACAUUGCCAGGAUUCCCUGGGACUGGAAAAUCGCCCUGCUGUUUGUGGCGUUUGCCCUCUGCAUGUUUUGCCUGUACAGCUUCAUGCCGCUGGUAAUUAAGGUGACCAGCGCCACUUCGGUCAACCUGGGCAUCCUGACAGCUGACCUCUACAGUCUUUUCUUUGGCCUUUUUCUGUUUGGGUAUAAGUUUUCAGGGCUCUACAUCCUGUCCUUCACCGUCAUCAUGGUGGGCUUCGUCUUGUACUGUUCCACCCCAACACGCACGGCAGAGCCAGCAGAAAGCAGUGUGCCCCCUGUCACUAGCAUCGGGAUCGACAACUUGGGACUGAAGCUCGAGGAGAGCGGUCUCUCAGAGACCCACUCGGCAGUCUUGUAGUCGGACAAGCCACAGACUCCCGGGUGUCACCAGGAGAGAGCGGAGCCUGCCACUGGCAAGGAUGUGUCUGAGGAGACAUCUGCCCCAGAGUGAACACCCUCUGCCCUGGAUUGCAUCCGGGGUUAGAUUUUAGAAAGGAGCACUGACCAGUGGUUCCAAACUAGAAAUACCAAAAUAGAGCAGAGCCCAAGGGUAGUAUUUCUGUGUAGUGAGUACCAGUACUUGUCAGAGUCAGAGAGACAUGUGCAGGCCCCUUGCUGGGGUCUCAGGGACACAUGUAGGAAGGGAAAGAAGGAUGGGGGACCUAGCCUAGGGCUGUUCAGGUAGUUAGGAGUUGAGACAGUCUGGGACGGUUGCGUAAUAAGAUUCCUCUGGUGGAAGCGUCAGGUUUUUGUUCUUCCGGAGCUGUCCCUGUCCAUAGGAAUUUAGACACCUGUGAUGCCUGGUCCCUAAUGGCACGUGGUAGGGAGGAUGGGUGGGGCAGCAUUUGAGAAAGCAGCUAAUGAGUGCAAGAAUCCAGGAGUCCUCUCCCAACUGGGUUUUUAUCUUUUAUAACAAAUCCCUCUUCUCCAUCAUCUCUUGCUCCUCACCAGCCACAGUUGCUGCUGUGUUCCAAGUUCCAGAGCAAACUGCCCCCAAAGCCUUUUACACUGGGCAUCCCUCAUCUUCAGCCCCACACCAUACUCUGAGAGUUCUCCAAGUAAAUCCGCCCGUGUCUAAAACCCAGAUAUUUUAGAAAUGUCUCAGAUGCCCGGAAAUAUUUCCAUUUACCUCACCUCACUGAGCCGCAGUUUAGAAAAUAAACCUGUGUUGCAAGUUCACACGGCAAGACGAGAACUUGGUUACUGUCCUUGAUUGAAAAAUGUAAAAUCAUCACAACAAAAAUACCAUGCUAAUCAUCCUCCAGGAGGAGCACGUGCUGGAGUCCUGGAACCCCGACUGUCAGGAGACGCUGUCAGGAGACGAGUGUCCUCCUCCUUCCCACAGGGUCACAAUGCGCCCAGGUUUCUGACAAUUCCUCAAUGCGGUGCCAACAUGUAGCCUCAGCGUCAUGUCAGCCCCCGGAAUGCCACCUUCUGAAAACUAUGUAAAUCUUUUUGUAUAAGUAUAAUAAAGAAAUU